CGUCGUAGUAGUAGUAGCAGUAGUAGUAGUAGUAGCAGCAGCAAAAUGGCUUCACCGUAUUUGGAGAAUCCUGUAGACAUCGGAGCCCAAAUUGUACAAAGGGCUUUACGCAGGGAAAGAGUUCUAAGAGAUAAACAAAACCCACUGGCAUUCUCUGAUGAGCACUUAUACGAGAGAUACAGGUUUUCGUCGGAGGGAAUGUUAUAUCUUUGUCGGCUUCUUGAGGCCCAUAUUAAAAACCCGACGCGGCGAAGCCACGCGACCACUGUCCCGCAAAUGAUUUGUAUCGCGUUGCGUUUCUUCGCAAGUGGCACAUACUUGUAUGAGGUGGGCGAUGCCGAGAAGCUCAGCAAAAACACAGUUUGCCGAACUAUUCGUAGGGUGGUUAUCGCACUCCAGAGAUACAUAAACACGUUCAUUGUGUUCCCUGGACAUUUACCCACCGUGGCCAUAAAAGAGGGCUUCUCUAAAAUAGCUGGAUUCCCUAGAAUUAUUGGAGCAAUAGAUUGCACGCACAUUCCAAUCUCUACACCAACAAAACAAAUUGAGGCUGAUUAUCUUAAUAGAAACGCUACUCAUAGCCUCAACGUUCAGAUGACUUGUGACCAUCAGUGUAUGAUCACAAGUCUGGAUGCCAGAUGGCCUGGCUCUAUGCUGGACACCCACAUUUUCGAGAAGUCGUUGUUAUGUCAGCGCUUUCAAGAAGGGCUGUUUGAUGGCCUGCUGGUGGGAGACAGAACUUACGCAUGUCAGAGCUUUUUGAUGACUCCCUACCCUGACCCCGAGACAAAACCACAAAAUGACUUUAACAUAGCCCUCAGUCAAACCAGGCUCAAGAUAGACAUGACUUUUGCCAUUUUAAAGGCACGGUUCAACUGUCUUCGUGACCUAAGAGUAUCACCAGAGCGGGCAUCUCAGAUCGUAGGUGCCUGUGCUAUUCUCCACAACAUAGCCACUAUAAGGAAGGAGCGGGUGCCAAAUGAAUAUCAACUCCCACCUGAUGAUAUUGACCCCUUCACGCAGGACCAUCCAACAGGCGGAGGUGUCAGAGAUGCAAUCACAGCAGAAUAUUUCUCUUAGCAUUCAGUAAAAGCAAAAUGACCAACAUGUUUACAUGUUCCUUAACUGCCUUUCAUAUUAAGACAAAUGUUUCAUAUUCUAAACCUCUGUAAAAACCACUCCACAGAUUGUGAAUUCAUAUGAAUUCUUGUAAAAUGUAAAAAAAUAAAAACUGC